ACACACACACAUACACACAUAUACACAUACAUACACACACACAUACACACACACACACACAUUAUUUUCGGGGACCAAAUGUUAGCUGUUUUAGUGGAUCAAGUGAUCGAUUUCUGCAGAUUAUUAGACACGAAAACAAUGAAUGUAUCGAUAUGUUAUCAUCGUUUAUACAAAAUGAACUGAAAGUCGGCAAACGUAUCGAUCGGAUCCAAUCGGAUGACGACAAAAGCGAUCUAAUGGGUGAUCCCAAUGACUAUAUCUUUGACAAAAUUGGAAACUAUUUGGAUGAGGCGUCCGGUAUUAAACAAAAAGAAGCGGAUCUAGUCUUAGCCACUAUUGGUUCGGAUAAGCGUCUAUCGGUUACGGCUACUACCACUAGUUCAUCGUGGAAUCGCCGAAAGAUAAUACACGCCAACCAUAACAACAACAAUAGAGGCAAAGAUAAUAGCAAUUUGAAGCUAUUGUCCGCUAAAUUAGUCCAGAGAUCGCAAUUGAAAUUCAAGGAUAAAAUCGAUAAUACAAACCAUGCGUUCGUACCGAUCAUUAAAGACAAACCAAAUUCAUUGAAACCGUUGGCCAUACUGUUGGAGAAGACAGAGUCGGACUUCGAUACGUAUUCACAUCCGUAUGAGUUCGAGAUCGAUAUGUUUCGGCCGAACGAUCGCUUUCUGGAUAUCGAAGUACCGCAGUUCCCGAAACCGAUCACUGAAACGGAAUUCAAAUUCAUUAGAAAAUCUGAUGAUUUGAUGGAAAUGUGCAAUCAGUUGAAGACUUGCGAUAUUAUUGCCGUCGAUCUAGAACAUCACUCGUAUCGUACAUUUCAAGGGUUUACAUGUUUGAUACAGAUAUCGACAAAAACCAAUGAUUUUAUAGUAGACGCUCUGGAACUGCGCUCAGAGAUACAUGUGCUCAACGAAGUGUUUACCUGUCCAUCGAUAUUGAAAGUAUUUCACGGCGCCGACAUGGAUGUCCAAUGGCUUCAACGUGAUUUCGGUGUCUAUGUGGUCAACCUAUUCGAUACCUAUCAGGCCUCCAAACUACUCGACUUUCCCCACUUAUCUCUAUCGUAUUUGUUGAAAAAGUACUGCAAUAUCGAUGCCAACAAACAGUUUCAAUUGGCCGACUGGCGUAUACGGCCGCUAACCCCGGAUAUGUUACGGAUAAGUACUGUAAUAUGCAUAAUACACAUAAUGCCAAACACUAACAGUUUCAUUUGGCUUACCGAUCGGUUAGUUUUUUUUGUUGUUGUUGUGGAGAUCAAAGUGCCGCAUGUUUUCCAUAUAAUUAAUUAAAAAUUAUGGGUUUUUUAUAUUAUAAUUUAUAUAUU